GGAAGUUUGAAAGGUUGAACAUUUUUGUUAAUUCAUCUUUUCUGGAUAGGUUUUUAAAGGGAAUGGCUGAAGGUGGAACCAGAGAAUUCUGUGUAAGAGAUGUGUAUAUCAAAAGAGAUAAUAAAGAGAAAUCAGAUGAAAAAGAAGCACAAUUCUUCCCGAUAUCAAAGAGUAUCAGAAAGGUACACGUUGUGUGUGAUGAUAUCCUGAAUUCUGGUUCUGAUUGCAUUGUGAAUCCAUGUGUAAUAAGAAAAUUCGGAAGUAUUGAAGGCAGGGGAGACUUAUUUCAAUACCUUAAAUUAAAAGGCGGGCAAAAGUAUGAAGACGUUUUAAUGAAAGCCAAGAUCGAUCCCGAGACACAAUGCGCAUUUACAGAGGGCGGCGAUACAGAUGUAAAUAUCAUACAUCCAACAAUACCAGUUUACAAUGACAAAGAUAAAGAGGAAAACAUUUUCAGGAACAUGUUAAGUGCCUUCCAAAUGGCAGAAAAGGAGAGAAUGAUAUCAAUUGCCUUCCCAUUUGCAUAUUCAGGUACAGCAGGAGUGGACCUGAAAGUAUGUGCAUUUCAGUAUGCAAGGGCUGUAACUGAAUUCUGUCGUAUAUCACAAAAUCCUCUGGUCUUGGCGGACAUUUAUUUUGUUGAGGAAAACUCGGAUAAAGUCAUUCUUCUUGUACAAUAUUUUAAAGAGCUUCUUCCAAGGAGUAUGACAGAAAUGUUGAAUAUUCCGAAAUCAUAUGACGAAGUUGUAUUUAAGCAAGCUCGAGUGCCACCUGAUAAUGAUUGCGUUGCAGGCCGAACGACUAGCGAAGUUGCGAUUAUGAGUGGUAACCCGAUACAGAAAGAAGACAAAUACAAUGAUGGAGCUCAUCAUAGUGAUCACCACAGUAGAAACAGCAAUACCGAUCCCAUUUAUGAAACUGUUAGAAAUGAAACGAUGCCGAUUCGUGAAGAAAGUCAUGAAUUCAGUAGCACCAAAGAGCGCAAGGACUCUUUAGAUUGUAACAAAAAUACCAAAAUUAAGGUACUAGAAGAUGAUAUACGGGGUGCAGCUGCUCAUAUCAUUGUUUGUCCGGAGUACAAAGGAAAACCACAUGGUGGAGUAUUCAGUCUGUCAGUAAAAUUUGUUUACUGGAAAGCCGUCAAGUUCACAUCGUUAAGAAAGGUCAAUGCCGAAAGACGUGUGGCUCGAUCAAUUUGUCACAAGAACGAAGAGUACAAACCUGUCCGAUUUCUGUACCAUGUAUUCACACCGAUUUGGCACACAAAUUCAAACCAUACCGAUCUACAAAAUUGCAUCGAAAGCAUAUUUCUAAAGUUGGACCGAUUUCAAAACCAGGAAAGGUCUGUUGCAAUACCGCUUUUGGGAGUAGUUGAUGUAGAAGAUCAAGACGUUGUUCGUGAAUGUUGUCGAGUUUUUGUGCAAAGCGUGAUUAAGUGUUGCAGGAAAAGGAACAGCUCUUUGCCCCUCGAUGUAUACCUGGUCAAUAGUUGCCCUACGUUGACCUCUUGGAUCGCAGAAGACCUCAAAACAUUUAUUAUGAACUGUUACAUGUUGUAUAUCUUAUCUAAUACAACCAAUACACUGGGUUUUAUAUUUAAGUUGUACAGGAAGUUUGAAAAGUUGAUGAUUUUUGUUUAUUUUUCUUUUCUGGAUAGGUUUUUAAAGGAAAUGGCUGAAGGUGGAACCUGGGUAUUUUGUGAGAGAGAUGUGUCUAUCACCAGAGAUAAUAAUAAGAAAUCAGAGGCAAACGACGCACAAUUCUUCCCGAUAUCAAAGAGUAAAAGAAAGGUACAGGUUGUUUGUAAUGAUAUCCUUGAAACAAGCUCUGAUUGCAUUGUGAAUCCAUGCGUAAUGAGAAAAUCCGGAAGUAUCGAAGGCAGAGGAAAACUGUUUCAAUAUCUUAAAUCAAAGGGCGGACAAAAGUAUGAAGACAAUUUAAUGAAAGCCAAGAUCGAUCCCGAGACACAAUGCGCAUUUACAGAGGGCGGCGAUACAGAUGUAAAUAUCAUACAUCCAACAAUACCAGUUCAUAAUGACAAAGAUAAAGAGGAAAACAUUUUCAGGAACAUGUUGAGUGCGUUGCAAAUGGCAGAAAAGGAGAGGAUGAUGUCAAUUGCCUUCCCAUUUGCAUAUUCAGGUAUUGCAGGAGUCGACCUGGAAAUUUGUGCAUUUCAGUAUGCAAGAGCUGUAACUGAAUUUUGCCGUAUAUCACAGAAUCCUUUCACCUUGGUUGACAUUUAUUUUGUUGAGGUGAACUCAAAAAGAGUCACGCUUCUCGUUAAUUACUUUACAAAGAUUCUUCCAAGAAGUAUGACAGAAAUGCUGAAUAUCCCGAAACCAUAUGACGAAGAUGUAUUAAAGCCAGCUCGAGUGCAACCUGAUAAUGAUUGCGUUGCAGGCAGAUUGCCCAGUGAAGUUAUGUUUAAAAGUAGAAGAGUGCAAUCUGAUAAUGAUUGCGUUGCAGGCAGAUUGCCCAGUGAAGUUAUGUUUAAAAGUAGAAGAGUGCAAUCUGAUAAUGAUUGCGUUGCAGGCAGAAUGCCCGGUGAAGUUAUGUUUAACAGUAGAAGCCUGAUACAGGAAGUAGACAACUACUAUGAUGAUGCUCAUAAUAGUUAUCACAGAAGAAGUAGAAACAGCAAUACCGAUCCAAUUUAUAAAACUGUUAGAAAUGAAACGAUGCCGAUCCGGGAAAAAAGAAAUAGAUUAAGUAGGACGAAAGAGCGCAAAGACACUUUAGAUUGUAACAGAAAAACUAAAAUUAAGGUACUAGAAGAUGAUAUACGGGUUGCAGCUGCUCAUAUCAUUGUUUGUCCGGAGUACAAAGACAAACCACAUGGCGGUUUAUUCGGUCUGUCAGUGAAAUUUGCUUACUGGAAAGCCGUCAAGUUCACAUCGUUAAGAAAGGUCAAUGUCGAAGGACGUGUGGCUCGAUCAUUUUGUGACAAGUACCAAGAGUACAAACCUGUCCGAUUUCUGUACCAUGUAUUCACACCGAUUUGGAACACAAAUUCAAACAAUACAGAUCUACAAAAAAGCAUCGAAAGCAUAUUUCUAAAGUUGAAUCGAUUUCAAGACCAGGAAAGGUCUAUUGCAAUACCGCUUUUGGGAGUAGUUGAUGUAGAAGAUCAAGACGUUGUUCGUGAAUGUUGUCGAGUUUUCGUGCAAAGCGUGAUUAAGUGUUGCAGGGAACGGAAAAGCUCUUUGCCUCUCGAUGUUUACCUAGUAAACAGCUGCCCUACGUUGACCUCCUGGAUCACAGAAGACCUUGUAACAUUUAGUGGAUGUAGUGUUUAGAGUGUGAAUUCGAAAUGUUUCAAAUGUUUAAUUUUAUGUACGUUUGUUAACGCCUUACCUAGAGAAACUUUGAUUAACUUAAAAUGUUUUUGUACAAGUUAGUAAAAUAAAUGUACACAAUGUACAAUAUUUGAUUAAAAUAGUUUUCUGUGAUAACAAAAUAUAAGCAAGCAACGUGAGAUUGUAAUACAGGUUGUGUUUAAUACUUAAAUAUAGAUGGUUUGGGUUUUAGUUAUGUUUUCGAUACUGUUCUCAAUAAUUGAUGUAGCGACAUUCAUAGAAGUGUUCAAGAGUACAUGCUUCGAUUGACUUGAAUAGUAUUGUAUAGUAUUGUACGUUAGAGAAUAGCACAGUUUUAGAUGUUUUUAAAGAUUCAAACAUCAGUCUAGAGUGUUAAACCUAUAUGUUUAUUUUACCAUGUGGAUUUAGAAUAUCCUUUUAUACAUUACGACUGUCUGUACAUUCAUUUUGUAUACGCAAGAAAAUACAAAGCU